AACCAAGACAAUCAGCGACAGACACCACAAUCCACCCAGGGUAGCCGCUCGAUCCAAGGCGAUCAGCGGCAACGGACACCACAAUCCAGCCAGGGCAGACAACCCAACCAAGGCGAUCAGCAGCGACAGACACC